AUGUUUGGUCUGCAGUUCCCAGUGGCUAGUGGACGAUGUACUAGAGGAGCUUUCAUGACUCUCCUAAAGGUGAAAGAGGAUUUUGAAGGACAACUAGGCUGUAAAUUCAUUAUAGUGAUUGACACUGAGGGACUGAAAGCUCAAGAGUUGGCCUCAUUAGAGGACAGUCAUGAACAUGACAAUGAGCUGGCCACACUAGUAGUUGGGUUAAGUGAUAUAACGAUCGUUAAUAUGUCCAUGGAAAACUCAACAGAAAUGAAAGAUAUUUUACAGAUUGUGGUCCAUGCUUUUCUUCGGAUGAAGAAAGUAGGGAAGAAACCAAACUGCCAGUUUGUACACCAGAAUGUCAGUGAUGUAUCUGCCCAUGAAAACAACAUGAGAGACAGGAAGAAACUUCGGGAACAGCUGGAUGAAAUGACGAAAGUGGCUGCAAAAAUGGAGAAGCAAGAUGGAAUCACAUCUUUUAGUGAUGUGAUAGACUAUGAUCUGGAGAAACACAGUUGGUACAUUCCUGGUCUGUGGCAAGGGGUCCCUCCAAUGGCUCCAGUAAACUCU